AUGCUAGUCAAACUUCUUACUGCUAGAGCUAAAAGAGCUUUACAAGAUUCAUUGACAUUUGCAUUACCGAAAGUAAAAGUUAAAGUCAAUCAAGGAAUUGUUCGCGGAUGCAUUGAAAAAUUACCGAACGGUAAACCAUUUCAAAGAUUCCUUGGCAUUCCAUACGCAAGACCACCGAUCAAUGAAUUAAGAUUCAGAUCACCACAAAAGUUGUUAAAAUUUGAUCAGGAAGAAAUCGAUUGCACAAGAGAAGGAGACGCAAGUUUCCACCGAAGUGGAUUUCAUCAAAAAUAUGUUGGAUCGGAAGAUUGCUUGAAUUUGAAUGUUUAUGUUCCACCUACUGCUAGCCCAUCAAAUAAACUUCCUGUCAUGUUGUUCAUUCAUGGUGGAGGAUUUGCUUUUGACAGCAACAGUCGAGAUUUUUAUUCACCGGAGUACCUUUUAAUGGAAGAUGUCGUAGUGGUCACCAUUAAUUAUCGUUUACAAGCACUAGGAUUUCUAUGUCUUCCAAAUAAAGGAAUUCCUGGCAAUGCAGCAUUAAAAGAUCAACAAAUGGCACUUGAAUGGGUUUACGAAAAUAUUUCAAACUUCCACGGCGAUCCCGAAAAUAUUUGUUUGUUUGGAGAGUCAGCUGCUGCUUCUGGGAUUCAUCUUCAUCUCAUGAAUUCAAAAUCGAAGAAAUUCAUCAAAAGUGCCAUUAUGCAAAGUAAUUGUGCACUUGCCGAUUGGUUCAUGCAAAAAGAUGGAGAAGAAAAAUCAAGAAAGCUUGCAAAGCUUUUAGGUGCGACUGGAAGUUCAGACGAUGACUGCCUAGAUGCUCUUAUGAUGGCUUCUGCUCGAGAGAUUUAUGAUAACAAUGGAAAAGUUAUUAAUCCCGAUGAGAUCAGAAGGAAUUUGCCAUUCGUAUUUAAACCUGUUGUCGAACGAGAAGAUUCAGAAGAUCCUUUCAUGACUGAAGAUCCAUUAACACAAUUAAAGACGAAGCAAAUUGAUGUUCCAAUCAUCCUCGGAAUGAAUGAUGGUGAUGGAAUGACGAUGGGGAAUUAUUAUCGAAACAAAAAGUUGCAUUUGUUCGAAGAAGAUAAUGUCAGGAUGGUUCCAUUGUCGUUAAACAUCGAUCCAAUGUCAGAUGAAGCGAAAAAGCUUGGAAAAGAAAUUAAAGAAUUUUAUUUCGGUGACAAACGAAUUGGACCUGAAACACUUCGUGAAUUUAUUGACUUUAUGACUGAUUAUCACUUUUCAAUUUCUUAUAUAAUGUCAGGUGAACUUCAUGCAAUUUACCACCCAAAUUGUAGUCAAUACAUUUUUGAAUUCUGUUUUGAUGGCAAACUUAACAUGUUCAAAAGGUUGUUAAAGAUGGAAGAAUUCAAAGGUGCUUGUCAUUUUGAUGAACUUUUCUAUCUUUUUGAUUCAAAAUUUGUUGGAAUGAAAGUCCCAAGAAACUCAAUUGAAUGGAAAAUGCGUGAAACGAUGUGCAAAAUGUGGACAAACUUCGCUAAAUAUGGCAAUCCAACACCCGAUCAUAACAAUCCACUGCCAAUCAAAUGGAAUUCAACUGCUCAUAUUACUCAUCACACAGGAAAAAUUGAUUUGGAUUAUCUUAGAAUUGACAAAUUCCCUCAACAUGAAAUUGACUGCACAAAAGAUCGUGACGCAUGUUUUCAUCGCAGCAUUUUUCAGCAAGAAUAUGUUGGAUCGGAAGAUUGUCUUUAUUUGAAUGUUUAUGUUCCACCAAGUGCAAAUGAGAAUAGAAAACUUCCAGUGAUGAUUUACAUUCACGGUGGUGGCUUCAACCUUGACAGUUCAUCAAUUGAAUGGUAUUCACCAGAAAAUCUCUUGAUGGAAGACGUGAUUGUCGUCACUUUAAACUAUCGGCUUCAUGUUUUAGGCUUCUUGAGCUUACCAAGUAUGGGAAUUCCUGGCAAUGCAGGUUUGAAAGAUCAACAGAUGGCAAUUGAGUGGGUUCAUGAGAACAUUAACAACUUCAAUGGUGAUGCAAACAACAUUUGCUUGUUUGGUGAAUCAGCUGGUGGUGCAAGUGUUCACAUGCAAGUUCUCAAUCCAAAAUCGAGAUCUUUGAUUAAAAGUGCGAUUUGUCAGAGUGGCUGUGCUCUUGGUGAUUGGGCUUUACAGCGAGAUGCUGUUGGAUUAUCGAGAAGACUUGCAAAAUUUCUUGGAUGUGAAAGUGACGAUGAUAAUGAAAUUUAUCAAACUUUAAUGAAAGCAUCAGCUUCUGACUUGUUUCGAUUGAGAACAAAACCACAAGAUCGUGACGAAGCAAGAAGAAAUUUAAAUUUUGCUUUCAAACCUUGCAUUGAACCUGAAUCAGAAGACGCUUUCAUGUCGAAGCAUCCACUUGAGUUAAUUAAAGUUCAAGAAAAUCAAAUUAACAUUCCAAUAAUGUUCGGAACGACUGAUAAAGAUGGACUUGUGAUGGUCGCUUAUUACAAAUAUAUGACGCAAUUAUUUAAUCGUGAUUAUGUUAAAUUAGUUCCAAGAUCAUUGAAUAUCAAUCCCAAUUCCCUUUCGGCUGUUCAACUUGGUGAAGAAAUUAAAAGAUUCUACUUUAAGGAUGCAGCGAUAUGCGACGAGACGAUUCCACAAUUCAUCGAUCACAUGACUGACUUUCAUUUCUUGACUCCACAAACAAUCGCAAACGAAGCUCAUGCAAGAUUUCAACGAAAUGGAAAACAAUUUUUGUAUGAAUUUCAGUUUGACGGUGAACUAAAUCAUUACAAGAAACUUCUUCAAAUGGAUGAUAUUCCUGGUGCUGGUCAUGCUGAUGAAAUUUGUUAUCUUUUCAACCAAAGAAGCUUUCAAACAAAAAUCGAUCUCAAUUCAAGAACGGGAAGAAUGCGCAAAAACUUAUGCAAACUUUGGUCAAAUUUUGCUAAAUAUGGCGAUCCAACACCAGAUCACGACAAUCCACUACCAAUAAAAUGGGAUCAUGUGAAGCCAUUAAUUAAAGAUGAAUUGAAAGUCGAUUUAGAUUACUUGAUGAUCAAUGAUGAAUUCAAAAUGGUUAAAAAUAUUAAUAAUCAUCGAAUGGAGUUCUGGCGACGAAUUUAUGAGAAAUUCAACACGAGUUUUAUUGUGUCAAAGCUUUAAAUGAUUUCAAAUUUGUCAAAAGUGAAUUUUCAAUGAAAAUUUGAUUUAAUAAUAAAACUGAAAUAUGGAAUUCGAGUUAAA